ACAGAGGAGCGGACGGACCCUCCGGAGUCUCUGCAGUCACUCUGUCAGCGCGCUGCGCACUUCAGCGGACUUCAGCAGCCUGAAGUUAACACCAACUGGCUUUUAUUUCCACCACUCUGGACUGUGCGGACUCCACUGAUUAAACCUAAUCUUUUUUUUUUCUUUUUUCUAUUUUUUUUUAAAUCUACUACUCGCUCUCCAGCCUGCACGCGGGAGGGAGGGAGUUUUUCUUACAGGCUCUGGGUUUUCCCUGUGAUGACCUCACUGCUGUUCCCUGGCAACACCUACGCUGCAAUGAAGGACCUCUCCUCCUCCUCCUCCUCCUCCUCGCCGUCCUCCUCCACCUCUCCUCUCAACUCCCUCCUCCACUACCCUUCCUCCAAAACUUCCGUGGCACCCUUCUCCCCAUCUGCCAGCACCACCUCCUCUCGCGGAUCGGCCCUGUCCUCGGCACCGCUCUCCAAGCCGCAGCCCUUCUGCCUGCAGACGGGGCCUCACCUCAUUGCCAGCAUGCAGCUGCAGAAGCUCAACUCACACUACCAAAGCCUCGCCAGCGCCUCUGCCGGACACCCGGCGCCCAGCGGGGCUCAAAGGGGGUUCGGCGCCUCGCCACUGGGGGCUGGUAAUCAGCUCUUGGGACCGUCUGGAGGCCUUGGAGGAGGCGGGAUGGGCGUCGGGAUUGGCAUGGCGAACCAAGGCUCUGGUGCGGCCGGGAUUAUCGAUUUUGACCCCGUGGACGAGGAGGUGCUCAUGUCUCUGGUGGUGGAGCUGGGUUUGGACCGAGCCAACGAGCUGCCCGAGCUCUGGCUGGGACAGAACGAGUUUGACUUCAUGUCAGACGUGCCGGCCGGAUGCUGACCUAUGAGGAAAAAAAUGCGCAGAUGCAGUGGAAUUGAUUGACAGCGAGAGAGAUGACUUCUCUCCCUGGUUUGGUUUUUCUCUUUCCUCCCUUUGUUGGCUGAUAAAAUGAGGAAACAGAAGAGACGCUGAGUGACAGAGAAAGCGAUUCAAAGGCUCCCUCUCUGUUUCUGUUUUGCUUUCAUACCCUCCUACAGGGAGACAAAGGAAAAGACAAGCUUGCUUUUGAUUUUUCUUGUUUCUAUAAAGGAAUCGGUGCUUCUUUUCUUUACUGAGAUGAAACCAGUGGUGGUCCCACUCUGAUCUGUAUUUCCCUUUCAUUUAAAAGACGGAUGCUUUAACAGACUAUGAGCAGAAACGAGGAGUCAGAGACUGCUCCUGCUCCUAUCCUGUUUCCUCCAUCAAUCGGGCUUAAUGAAAACAAGUUGACUGACACGAGAAGGGCUGACAAAGACAUUCGAGCCACCCUCUAUAGAGAGGAGUAAGAUACACCUGUUGGACUUGAUCCCCCCCCUCUUUUCUUAGUGCCGCCCUGAAUUGAUAAAGUCGACGAUUAAGGAGAAUGAAAAUGGGAGGCACAACUUUAUGGGAGAAUUGCAGAGGAUGGCAGACACUACACUUCCUCUUUUCUUAAUAGACAAUAUUAGACUCUAGUCUCUUGGGAAACAGACCCCUGCCUCUUGGCUUCACAAAGAAACUGAUUGUCUUAGACUUGGUUAUCUUAGUGUGUAUACUUCUUUUUUUUUUUUUUUUUUUGUUUAAAUUUCAUUCAAGCAGUUGUAUUCAUACAACACGUUAUUUAAGACAGUGGCUGAUAUCCAUCCGGAUACAAGCAGACAAGGAGCGCUUCUGUGGCGAGUCCCAAGUCAGUUCUACUUUCUGAGCAUAGUGAGUUAGAUCCAAAAAUGUGGAAUCUUUUGGAGCAAAUCACCUCUUAAACCAACCAAGAGCCUUCUGGUCACACAAGUCGGCGCUACAUGCGUGCGUUUCAUUGUCUGAUGUGCAAGGUGAAUAAAGAAGGCUGGGCUAGUCAGACUAGUGGCAGGGAUCCUUUCCUAAAUGGAGCAGCAAAGACAGUCGAAUCCAAAUGCCCCCUGCUUUUUAUUUUUUCCACUAUGCCACUUUAAACUGGUUCCUUCACCUCCAGUUCGCAACCAUCGUUGCUGCACUUCCAUGUUCCUGAUGAGGAAGUGCGAUUAGGCCUGGAGGCUGGCUUUAGACCACCUGGUCAUGAUAGAAACCACUGAAGUGAAGCCGUCAGGAUGCUUGGGAUGAGACCAAGUUAAAGCUGCAGAUUUGAUCUGUCCAUUUACUUGUCCAUAUUAUAGAGCCAGCUCCUCUUUUGACAUCUCAUGAAUGUCCUCAGGCAGCCACAACUGGAGGUCCUUUGUUCAUCUUCUCCUAUUGCAAUCAAAAUAAAAGCUUUGUUUCUGGUUGAAAUUCAUGCAUGAAUCCAUCAAAACAAUACAAGCUCAAUCCCACUUUUAGCCUUUCUAGAGCUCUCGGCUGUGACCUGCAGCUGAACUUUAGACCUCACCUUUGAAGCAGUCCCCAGAGUGUUGGAUUACACUGUAAACCACUACUAACUUAGCAUGUUAAUUCCAUGUCUAUGCCAUGUGAUACAGCUGAAAGGUCUGAGGAGAAACAUUAAUAAGUGGACUUUGGGGGGGUCUGUUGUGUAAAAUUUUACAUGCAUAAAUGUUUUUGUUUUUUUUUUCUUUUUGCCCACAUGAAAAGCUUCACAACUUAAAUCUAAUAUGUGAAUAUAUGAGAAUCGUGUGACUUUUUUACAUUUGAAAAAAAUCACAUGUAAAGCAGGGUGAGGGUAUUUGAAAUGGAUGAUAAUGAGGUUUGAAAUAUUUCUGAGAAGCCAAAAUCCUCUAUUUGUCUGAGUCUGAGAAUGUGUUUAUACGCCUUAAUGUCAAAAAAUAAAUAACCUCUCAGAUUGUA